AUGAUCUCUCCCCAGCCACCUGCAAACAAAAGUAAUCUUUCUGCAGGGUCCCUCAGGCCUCAUAAACAGCUCAUAGCCAUCAUCACUACAAGCAUUGUUUAUCUGAGACAGUUCACUCUGUACAAGUCUGUUGUAUUCUCUGUCUAUCUAUCUAUCUAUCUAUCUAUAUAUUCAUCAAUCUCAUUCUGUUUAUUAUUUAACUUAAUCUAUUCAUAUCUAUCUAUCUAUCUAUCUAUCUAUCUAUCUAUCUAUCUAUCUAUCUCUAUCUAUCUCUGUCCGUUGAGUCAUACAGAAAGAACAAUGGUCCUCAAACAAAGACAAUGUUUUCGCUUGAAUGAUUUCUUGACUAACAGCAGCACGCUGAUGAUUCAACCUAUCAAUCCAAAGAGAAAGAAGUUGUUCCAUCUCUUCAAAGAUUUUUCUUCUUUUCUUAUUGAUAACAGUAUUCUUCAUCCCUGGCGCAUCAGAUUUGACAUGUGCCAAAAUCUUAUACUUAUUGUGAACAAUUGUCAAUACAGCUGUCUGACUCAUUCCAAAAGAUCAAACGAUCAAUAUAACCUUUUCACCUUUUUCAUGCCAUUUUAUCAUAGCAAGUUUAUAAUCCAGCAUUAUAGCAUGACGCUUGGCAUUUGCACUAAGAAUUUUCUUAGGAACCAUUGGGGCAAAAUAUAA